CUUAACGCGAUGGCUGAAGUUGGAGGUUUCUUGCACGGCGUGGAUGGGGUCGGACACGUCGGGUCCCACUUCCUCCUCACCCCACUUGGGGAAAGUCCAACCCUGCUGGGGGAGCACCUGGUACCAGGGGAGAGGCUCUCCCGGAGCGCUGCCACGGAUUUAACUCACCUAAAGGGAAUUCUGAGGAGGAGACAGUUGUAUUGCAGGACUGGGUUUCAUCUGGAAAUACUUCCGGAUGGUACCGUGCAAGGGACGAGGAAAGACCACAGUCGCUUUGGUAUUUUGGAGUUCAUAAGCCUUGCUGUUGGGAUGAUUAGCAUUCGAGGGGUGGACAGCGGACUCUAUUUGGGGAUGAACGACAAAGGAGAGUUGUACGGCUCUGAAAAGCUUACCGCCGAGUGCGUCUUUAGGGAGCAGUUUGAGGAGAACUGGUAUAACACAUACUCCUCGAACCUCUACAAACACGGGGACAAAGGGACACGUUACUUUGUGGCGUUAAACAAGGAUGGCACACCAAGGGACGGGACCAAAUCCAGGCGACAUCAGAAAUUCACCCAUUUCUUGCCCAGGCCUGUGGACCCGGACCGUGUGCCAGAGCUGUACAGAGACAUCCUGGGCCACAGCUGA